UUGUUUAUAAAUGGCGACGCACACGUAAAAUCCUUGCGCUUUCUCCUUUCUGAAAGUGUUAACGCUCAGACAUAAUCUACAUUUGUUGCAUCCACAGCAGGCAAGCAUAAUGUUUCACCUGGUGCGCUGCGGUCGUCUGGCGCAUGGUUUGGAUCAACUGUUGCGCUUACGUUGUACUAAUUUAAAGAACCUGUCGCUUCAUCACAGCCGAUGUGGGCACGCACCACAAUGGCCCAACGCUCCAGCCAAGCCCUCCAAAAUUAGUUCAUUUAAACAGAUGUGGGCUCAAACCCAAAAAGUGUUAAAAGCAGCCAGACGACGGGGCCCCAAUUCCCCAAAAGUUGCCUUGACGUUUCUGGGGGUACCGGCUGCCUUGUCGAUUACUGCGAGGCUGUUCAGCACUGUAGCGCACUGCCACGUCGAUGUAAACAAUAAUCUUCCUGCCGAGGUCCAUGCUAAAGAGAAAGUUCCGGAAUUCAGCUGGGGUGUCCUCUGGGAGUUCGUUCGGCCACAGCUAUUAGCCCUUGUUGGGGCCAUUAUUCUUGCAUUUGGGGCAGCAGCUCUGAACAUUCAGAUUCCUCUAAUGCUGGGUGACCUGGUCAAUGUUGUUGCCCAACACCUGAGGGAACAUGCUGGAAAUUACAUGAGGGACAUUCAAGAACCUGCACUGAAGCUCCUAUGCCUAUAUGGUUUACAGGGUCUGCUUACCUGUGGUUACAUCAUCCUCCUCUCCAGAGUUGGGGAGAGAGUGGCUGCUAACAUGAGGAAAACUCUCUUCAUGUCACUGAUGAGACAAGAUGUUGCAUUCUUUGAUGCCAACAAGACAGGCCAGCUUGUUAACCGCCUCACAGCCGACAUUCAGGAGUUCAAAUCCUCUUUCAAGCUUGUUGUCUCUCAGGGUUUGCGAAGCAUUACUCAGACAGUGGGCUGCUUCGUCUCACUGUACAUCAUCUCACCAAAGCUGACGGGUCUGAUGGUGGUCAUGCUGCCCUGCCUUGUAGGCGCGGGUGCUCUCAUCGGGUCUUUCCUGCGCAGGCUCUCCAGGAAAGCUCAGGAGCAGGUUUCUAAAGCUACAGGAGUGGCAGACGAGGCCCUUGGAAAUGUUCGAACCGUGAGGGCCUUUGCCAUGGAGGACAGAGAACUGGAAAUGUAUGCUGCAGAGGUUGAGAAGUCUGCCAUCAUGAAUGAAGCUUUAGGGACAGGGAUUGCAGUGUUUCAAGGCCUAUCAAACAUUGUAUUAAACUGCAUAGUCCUAGGCACUAUUUUUGCUGGUGGGUCUUUGAUGGCUAAUAACGACAUGUCUCCUGGUGACCUAAUGUCAUUUUUAGUUGCUUCUCAAACAGUUCAAAGAUCUUUGGCCAACAUCUCAAUUCUGUUUGGGCAGAUGGUAAGAGGCAUUAGUGCAGGAGCCCGUGUUUUUGAGUACCUCACUUUGGAGCCCUCUAUACCUCUGGCAGGAGGGGAACGCAUCCCUCACAAUUCUUUGACUGGAAGAGUGGACUUCCUUAACAUCUACUUUAGCUACCCCACAAGACCUGGAAGUGAGAUCCUCAGGAAUUUCAGCCUAACUCUCCGUCCUUGUAAAACUGUGGCUAUAGUUGGAGAAUCUGGUGGAGGCAAGUCGACUGUGGCUGCCUUACUGGAGCGUUUCUAUGACCCAGACAGCGGUGUGAUUAUGCUGGAUGGUCUGGAUAUCAGGACGCUCGACCCAUCCUGGCUUAGGGGAGAAGUCAUUGGAUUCAUUAGUCAGGAGCCUGUGCUGUUUGGCACCUCUGUGAUGGAGAACAUCCGCUUUGGAAAGCCUGCUGCCACAGAUGCUGAGGUGGUGGCUGCAGCCAAGCAGGCUAAUGCUCACGCAUUCAUCGCAGGCUUCCCAGAGGGCUACAACACUGUAGUGGGUGAACGGGGGGUGACUCUGUCGGGGGGUCAGAAGCAGAGAAUUGCCAUCGCCCGCGCACUCAUUAAAAACCCCACUGUCCUCAUCCUGGAUGAGGCCACAAGUGCGCUGGAUGCCGAAUCGGAGCGUGUGGUCCAGGAGGCACUGGACAGGGCCACCACAGGGCGCACGGUCCUCGUCAUCGCCCACCGCCUCAGCACCAUCCAGGGAGCAGACAUCAUCUGUGUCAUGAGUAAUGGCAGGAUGGUAGAGGCUGGAACUCACCUGGAGUUACUGAGUAAAGGAGGUCUGUAUGCUGAACUAAUAAGAAGACAAAGAUCCAAUGGACAAAACUGAAUAAAGGAGCAGCUAGAAGAACUACAGUAUAGUCCAAAGCUCCAUUAAUGUGGUCCAAUUCAGAAUUUACUAGAUGUAAAUUUAAAAAAUGUUAAAUUACGUUUAAUUAUAAAGUUUAUUAUUUGUUUAGCCUAAUAUUUAACAGGGUACUUCACACUGUUUUGGUAGAUUUUAAUUGCAAUGGAUUCUGCGAUAAGGAGGUAUAAAUUAUGGAUUGUACAUCUGUAAUGCUUUUUUAAAUAUUUAUGUAUAUCAGUGUAUGAUAACUUAUUAAUUGUUUAAUUGUUAGUAUUGAGAUUUCAUGAAUAAAUGAAUAGCCAAACAGGAACUGAGAUUUAUAUUUGAUGUUACUGGACUGCUUGACGUAGCUGACUUUGGUUGUGAGCAGUGUGUUGCCCUUCAAAGUUGAAAUAAACCAACCCCACUACUAACAAUA